UAAAAUUUGAAAUUCAAAUUGCAAAUUCAAAUCCAUGUAUCCAAACGCACUCUUACAAAAUUGACUUUUAGAACAAAUUAACAAUCUUAAUUCCUAAUUUCCCAAAUUCAAUUUGCACAAAGUUAAUGUACAAUUUGAUUACAGUUAUACCCUAAAAUACCGUUAUGGUAGUGUUAAACUGUUACAUGUGGUGAAAGUCUUGAUGAAGAUGCUGCAGUGCCUCUCUCUCAAAUCACCGUCAGCUGCAACGUCAACGUCCGUACCAAACUCACCUCCGACGACCAUCGAUAUCCACCACCACGACGCCGGAACCUCAACUGAUGGAACCCCAACUUCAAGCGCUAUACAAUCCCCGUGCAUUAAUCUUACUCGCGAAUAUACGCUAUAUAUUCAGUCCAAUUCGUACAACGAAAUAUGCUCUCGCAUUCAUCAAGAUAUCGAAACCGGAGAACAGAUUGAAUUCCAUGUCAACAAUGAUGAUGAAAAUGCUCGUCAAUUGCUUCUAAAUCAAGUUCUCCACCCCAAUCGCCAAUGUGUAGAAGAGGCUCUCCGUCACGCCAAGCCCAACACUCUCACUCGCCUUGUCUCUGACUAUUUUGAUCACAGCGAAAGCACUACGGAUCUCUGCCUCGUCCUGCACAGAAGCGUGUUUCGUGCUCGUGCUGUUUAUAAACCUAUACAUAAUCUACUUGAAGUCCUUCCUGUUGAACUGGAGUCACUUACUCAAGCACAGUGUGAUUAUGCUUACGAAAUGUUUCUUCAGCUUGAUCGAGUUGAAAACCCUUUUCCUUGCCCCGAUAAUCACAGCUUUCAGGGUCUUCGUGGUAGCUUUUCUGAUUUAAAACAACAGCUAGAUCGCAGACUUGUCAAGUCUCGUUCUCGGGUACGUUUAGUACAUCGAGCGGCUGCUGCUUCCGCCCUUUGUGUGAUCGGCACUGCGGUGUCCGUUACUAUGGCUGCUCUGGUAAUUUCAGGUCAUGCGCUUGUUGCUAUUGUCGCGUGCCCGUUUUGUGCAGUUGCAGGUCUUCCGAGGAAGCUUACGAACAAAGAGCUUGCCCAUGUGAAGCAACUUGAGGCUGCAUCGAGGGGUACUUUUGUGUUAAAUGGCGAUCUUGAUACUAUAGACCGGCUUGCGACUCGUUUGUUUGAUUAUAUUGAAAACGACAAGCUUCUUCUUCGGAUGGGAUUGGAGAGGGGUUGUGACAAGCAUCCUAUUUCAGAGGUGUUGAAAUACCUUAGGAAAAACCAUCUUGAUUUUAUUGAACAACUCAAGGAUCUUGAAGAACAUAUAUGCCUUUACUUUAAUGCUGUCAAUAGGGCAAGAAGGCUUCUCUUAGAAGAGAUACAUGUUUUUCAGACUUCUGAUUCCUGAUGUUUACCCUCUUAGAUUCCAUACUGGUGGUAUAAUAAGGCUAUACUUUAUAGAGAUAAUUAUUAUCGCCUCCGGGAGUUACGUUCAAAAUUAUUAUUUCCCUCUUGAAUUUUAAAUUCUUGCUGUUUCGCUUGGAGGCAACCGACAUUAGUUCAACUGGCGGAAGAGAAAUGAAAAGCUCGUAAAAGCCACUCCGGGCACUUUUCUCCAUACGAAUGAUUGAUUGAAGGACUUCUCGACUUUUAGGUAUUAGAUAAGUGAAAUUCCCUCUGCCGGUUGAUAAAAAAAAUUCAUCAUUUGGAUACUUGAAUUAUAAAUUUCAAAAAGCUUCACAUUUA